UAGCAGUUUUAAAUCUGGAUUCAUAGUAAGAGCUACAAUCAGUGACCAAGGUUCUGCCAAUGUUGCUGCUAUUAAGUCAUUAAUAUCAGAUUCUAAUGCUGAACUCCCACGUAGUAACAAAUAUACCAAUGACAUCUGUUAUAAAAUCGGCCCAAACCAACUGUACCAUAUCUAUGAUGUACCUCAUUUAUUGAAAUGUUUUCGCAAUAAUUUUCAGAAAAAACCUACUCAUUGGCAACCAAAGGGCAAAGUGGGAGUAUAUUGAGAGACUUUAUAAAGUGGAUGGUUUUGGUGGCAGAGCAAGAAGCACCAAACUUACUGAGAAGCACAUAAAUCCAACUUCAUAUGACAAAAUGAAGGUCAAAUUUGCAGCCCAAGUUUUUAGCCGGCAAGUGGCUACAUCACUAGAAAUCCAGAUGAAGUCUCUGCUAUCUCCAGGAUCAUGAUUACAUAAGUUUAAAUGAAGACAUUGGAAAUGGUUUGUUCACAGCAGAAAUUCUUCUUUUAUAAAUAAUUUGUUUGAUAGUUUAAAUGGUUUUGGUCAUUAUGGGAAUAAGUUAAAACAUGCUCUUUCAUAUAAUUCGGAGCACAUUGCAUUCUGGAAUGAUGCUGUGAAAAGCUAGCUUCAAUGCGCUUUGACGCUUCCAAUGAAAGGGAAAGGAAGCCUUUAUCACUGAAGCAUUUUGAACAUAAUAUAAAAACAAUAAAACAUUUGUGGUCAGAUCUGCUGAGAAUUGAUGGUGUUAAAUUUUUAAGUCUUAGACGUCUUAAUCAAGAUCCGAUAGAAAACUUUUUUGGUCAAAUAAGGGCACAUGGUAAUUUUAGUACAAAUCCUAAUUGUACUCAUUUUGUAUCGGCUUUUAAAACCUUGUUGAUUAACAACAUUACUACCGGUAAAUCUUUAUACACUAAUUGUUCUGAUGAUGAUGACAAAAUGUUGGGAACAUUAAAACAUUUAGUCAGCCACCAAAAAUAUGGUUCAUACACUGAUAGUCUUCAAUGUAAUGAAACUAACUUUAUAGAAAUUUCUAUACCUAACGAGAAUAUAUUCCAACAUAAGUCUGUACCAUAUAUUGCUGGUGCAGUUUGUCGUUUUUUGAUGUCCAAUUUGAACUGCAAAGAUUGUGAUAAUUGUACAAAAGCACUAUUAUCUCAGAGAGAGUCAUUUCACGAAUUAAUUAAUUUAAGAGAAUAUAGUUCCAAUGUAGAUAGGUUAUGUUAUCCUUCUAAUAAUUUUAGUCAAAUGGUCUGGCAGAGUAUUUACAUUAUUGACAAGAUGAUGCCAUUUCUUUGCAGUGUUUAUAUUUAUUCUGACUUAAUAAGUAAUUUAAUAAAAUAUAUUGACACUACUUGGUACAACUGUAAUAUUCACAAAACGGCUGUUAUUAAAGCUUUUUGGUCCUACAUAGUUAGAAUGCAAGUUAAGCAGUGGUGUAUUAAUUUUAAUAAUAGAAUGAAUAAUAUUGAUUCAAGGCCUAAAGAUAUAGAAAUGGAAACUCUAAUCCGUGAGAAAGUCACAAAAGGAUUGAGUUAUAGAUCACAAAGAAGGCGUAGUUCCUAAUCUCACUUAAUUAAAGUUCUUCAUAGUAUUUUGUCCACAAUUAUUACGAUUUUUGCAAAUGAAAUUGAUGUUUUUUAAAGUGUAUUACCCACAUUUU